AUGUCGAAGCUCUCGUUUAGGGCGAGGGCCCUGGAUGCGUCGAAACCAAUGCCCAUAUAUCUCGCUGAGGAGCUUCCGGAUUUACCGGAUUACUCAGCGAUUAAUCGUGCCGUACCACAAAUGCCCUCUGGAAUGGAAAAAGAGGAAGAAAGUGAGCAUCAUCUCCAGAGGGCGAUAUCAGGCACGGGGCUCAUAAUACCAACACCAGAAGUGUGCGAGGUAAAUGACCUCGAGUUCUACGAAAGAUGCUACCCAGCCGACUACAAAAUGCCCAAGCAGCACAUACACAUGCAGCUGCUAUGGGAGGAGCAGGAGGUGCCAGAGUACGACAUCGACUCGGAGGACGAAAGGUGGCUGAAGCAGCAGAGGCACCCAGAGCUCACAGAGCUAAAGUUCGAGCAAAUGAUGGACAAGUUGGAGCGCAGUUCAGGUCAGACGGUGGUGACGCUGAACGAGGCCAAGCUGCUGCUGGAGCGGCAGGAUGAUCUGGUCAUUGCCGUCUACGACUACUGGCUUAACAAGCGCCUCAACACGCAACAUCCAUUAGUAUUGUCGGUGAAGACAGAACAUCGGCCGGGGCAGUCGUCGAACAAUCCUUACUUAGCUUUCCGGAGAAGAACAGAAAAGAUGCAGACCAGAAAGAACAGGAAGAACGAUGAGAGCUCGUACGAGAAGAUGCUGAAGCUGCGGCGCGAUCUGGCGCGAGCGCUGUCACUGCGCGCGCUGGGGGCACGGCGCGAGCGCGCCAAGCGAGAGUUGUUACGCAUCACCGCACUGCUCGCGGAGCGGCGCUACGCGGCAGGGGACUUCGCUGCGCAGCUGCAGCCGGACCCGCCCAGGCAAUACAGCACCGUGCCAAUAUCAACCAUAAGUUUCCGUCGAGAGCCGUACGCGGUGCAACACUACCCGCCGAGAGCACCGCCCACGCCCGUCGAUCAGCCUAGACAGCGAGAGAAGCGUCCAUACAAGAGACGGAAACACAGGCACCACGCCGUCGGCUCCGUGCAGGGGCUGCGAGAUUCGGGCGUGUGCACAUCGUCAGACGAAGAAGCGAGCGCGUCUGCGCCCGGCGGGGCAACUACGCGAGUGGAAACGAUUGACGAUGGGCCCUUUGCAUUUCGUAGGAAGCCUGGCUGCUAUUAUGAGAUGCCUACGUCUACUCUUUGCGGCGACCCUGUGGAUCCCGGUAGUCCAUCAAAAGAAGGUCUCUACGAACAUGAAUUGGAUGAGAGAAAUAGGUUCACGCUGACAUCCUUACGGCAGCCGUACACGCGUUGCGUGGGGUUCGCUCGACGAAGGCUGGGUCGCGGCGGCCGCGUGCUGUUGGAUCGUAUAGCCACGCCGCUCGACGACCUGUGGCCGCGGCUACCCUUCGCCUUUCCCGCGUCCGGUGAGCAGCGCGCCUUGCGCGACGAGGAGGUGGAGUUGGAAACAAAAGCACAUCGAAGUCCAAAGGAAAUGAAACGGGAUUAUCAUACGAGUGGAAAGUAUCCAUGGCGACAUGCUUUCCGACGGCACCUCGCCAGAUAUCCUGGCUUAUGGACCACCGAUAUCAAACCCGAUAUCGACGUCAAACGUGACGGUGACGGCGACGUCAGGCUGGACAUCGACGUCAAACCCGAAAGAGACAUCGAUGUCAGGCCCGAUGUCGACGUCAAACAGGAGCCAAUGAACGUCGAUGGACUGUUACCGGACGAUAUGUUACCUCAAGAUGUUAAAAGUGAUAUUAGUGUUAGUGCGAGAACUAUAGACAGUGUGAUUAAGGAAAAUCUAAAGCGUAUGAUCAGGAAGAGAUCAUGGAGUGGGUGCAGUGACAGCAGUUAUGAUUCAGAUGAAAGUUUGCAGCCAGUGGAGAAAGAGUUUGAACAGUUCAUUGAUGAGGUUAAUAAAAAAUGGUUACAUUUUCGGCCAAAAACACCACCGCCUUCGCCCCCACAUGAAUCUAAGCCUCCAGAUGACCAAUUCCCUAUCGCUUUGGACACACCGUUUUCUGUGGAGUUAAGAUUUGCAGAGCAGCCCCCAUCAGAAGUUUUGGACUCAUUCACGACAUCAGAAUUUACAUUAGGAGACUUAUAUCCGGAGCCCUUGAACCCUGAAGUAGACAACAGUGGCAGUAGUCUAGACAUAAGUGGAGAUGAUUUACUUAAUGAAAACUUCACAGGUCUUACUGAAGCACAAGUUGAAAGUAUUCUAUCGGAAACAGACUUGAAAGCUUUAGAAGAUGUUGACUUGACUAAAGACGACAAGAAAAUUGCAAUUACUGAUGAUAUACUGGAGGAACUUGUGAAGGAUGUUGAAAAGGAUCCUUUUUUAUUGCAAGGCCAGAGCUUGGAUGGGCGUGCCGGCUCUGGCCCAAGGCGAAAGAAGGCAGGGGAAGCGUUCGGAUCGACCGUCGUACAUAUAUCGGCUGAUAAGGAACCUAUAUACGUGGACAAACCCGAGGUCAAGUCGCCCCCCACGCCACCGCUCAUCGAAACGCCCAAGGAGGUACGCGUACCAGCGCAGCCGGUGCCCACCUCCAGCAUCAUCGUGGAGGAGGUCAACGACGUUCCCCACAUCAAAGUGGAGAAGAAGAGGAAGGAGGACACUAUUGAGGAGAUCCAGCUGGCGUCCGGAGUCCAGCUGAAAACAGUGCAAACGAAACACUCGCCGCUUAAGAAGCACAUAAUUACUUCGGCUGCACACAGAAGGAGCAACGAGGUUGUGGUGACGUCACAGGAGGCGCCACAGCCGCAAAUUGUGACUGUAGCUGUUUCUGAGAAUUUGAAGGUGCGGCUGGCGAGCCAGGCGAGGGAAGCCAGCCAGGCGAGCGUGACGAGCGGCGGCGGCGGUGGGCCGGGCACCGUGGUGGGGCUGCUGCAGAACGGGCCCUUCGCCGCCGUCGCGCUGCCCGUGCCGCCGCGCGACCUCGUUACGGCAAGCGCGGGUAAUGCAGUGCCGACAAGCAACAUCGUCAACGUGGGAACAAUUGGCACCGUGGGCAACGUGGGCUCAGUGGGUAGUGUCGCAAAUACCACGACGACGAGAAGAGUCGCCGCCCCGUUGGUCCAGUUAGCCCCAGCUGCCCUCGGUCACAAACCACUGCAGUUACAUCCUCCACCAGCGGUAGUAGUCGCUCCACACGUGCACCAUGUGCCCUCCAGUAAACUCAAAGUACUCCACGCUCAUCCACUUACACAUACACAGCGAGCUCAACUCUUACAAAAUCGUUCCCUCGCUCAACUUCCAACGGUCGUAUCGUUAGCGGCCCUUGGAGAUGGAAAACCCCUCCUAAAAGCCGCUCCAGGCUCUGUUACCCAAUUCUUCGAGAUCAAGAGCGGCCAAUUAGCAAAAGGGGGGGCCUCAUUUAGUGAAUGUUGUAACGUGGCUACAGCGACACGGCCUCAUCGGGUCAGCGUUAGUCUGGACGGAAGGCAAAUCGUCCGGGCGGCGUUACCAGUGCGAGCCCCGAACGUCCGACAUCAGAUCCACUUGAAAAAUCGGACCCUGCAAGUCGCUGCGCCCUUGGCUAGGACAUCGUCGGAGCCCUCGACGUCUAUAACGAUAGCGGCACCGUCGAAGACAUCGAUACCGAGUUCCGUCGUCGCGAAUCUGUUGCAGAAGAAUGUGCAGUUACCGAAGGGUGGUCAGAAGAUCGCCAUCUCAGGGCCUGGUGGGCUGGCGGGCAACGUGCAAGCAAUCGCUUUUUCAACUGCGCAGUUGAAAGCGAGGCAAGCGAGGCUUAUAACUCAGCCACGAGCGACGCCCGUUGCUGAAAUCGUGGAGGCGACGACCGCUGGCGUGGCGGUGGCGUCGUCCUCGGGGCUGGCGAGCGGUCUCGGCAGCGGGCUGACGGGCACGGCGCCGCUGGAGGCGGGCGGCGCGGCGGACGGCGGAGAGCCCGCCAGCAACGGCGCCGUGCGUCGGCGCACCGCCGACGCGCUUCCCAUGGAGGUCACGUGA